UAAUAGUCAGCGUCAACAAUUAAUUUUAAACAGAAAAUAAAUCAAAAGAAAUUGGACUCCUCUUUCGUCUCCUCUUCCAACUCCAAACGACCCCUGAGUCUCCUGUCCCUUCAUCACGAAUUGGAGCUCAACUACUCCAAAUAGCCGCUUCCCCAGCUCAAACUCCAUAAAAGCAGGUGUUGUAGAGGUGACAACUGACUGUUAGGCGAUUUUGCUUUGGAAAACUACACAUGGAUCAAAAUAUUACUAUCGAGGAGGGAGAUGUAAAAAGUGGCCUUGAAUUGGUGAAAUCAGUUUCAGAUAAGCAUCUUGAUCUUUUGAGACCAUCAGCCCGAUAUUAUUCAAUUUUUAAAGGGCAAGUGGCAGAUGCUACUGACCGUGAGAAGGGUAAAUAUACCCUGAUCAGAGAUGCAGAUGACUUCCAACCAAGCAUAUAUGACAAGCCAUUACCCUGUUUUGGCUGUGGAGUUGGGUGGUUUUCAUUUCUAUUAGGAUUUGUUUGCCCAAUAAUGUGGUACUAUGCCACAUUGCUGUAUUUUGGUAAUUACUACAAAAAGGAUCCUAGAGAACGAGCUGGGCUUGCCGCAUCUGCAAUAGCCGCAAUGGCAUUUUCUGUUUUCUUGUUGAUCAUCUUAGUGGUGGUUCUACUUUUUUAGCUCCCGCCUUGACAGUUGCACGUGCUUUGGAGGCAUUUGUGGGCAAGGGCG